AUGGCGGAGGUGAAACCCUGUGAAACAGGUUGGGUCCACGUGGCUCACGUUGGUUCUUCUCGGCUGUCCUAGGUUUCACUAGCCUCUGCUUUGUUCUACUUGGUUUUCCUUGGUCCUACUUGAUUCUAUUUGGUUCUAUGUGAUUCUCCUCAUGGUUUUCCUGUUACCAAGGAGAACCAAGGAGAUCCAACGAGAGCCAAUUAGAACCAACGUAAACCAAGUAGAACCAAGUGGAACCAAAUAGAACCAAGGACUCAGAAUUUCUAAUAUCUAUCUUCCUAUAUCCGUGUCAUUUAUAAAACAGUUAGGGCGCUGCACGGGAAUCACAGGGCCACAGGUUCGAUUCCUACCAGAAGGCGUAUAGUUGUAUUUUUCGCAACUGCUGCUGGUUAGGUCUAACAGGGUUCGUAUAGCGGUCUUUGAAAUCCUUGAAAGUCUUUAAAUUGGAAUGCAGGUCUUUGACUUUGAGGUCUUUGAAAAGUCUUUAAAUUGUGUGAAAAAGCGAAGAAAGUCUUUAAAAGUCUUUAAAUUCUUUAGUGAGGAAUUGAUUAUACGAUUUCCUAACUAAUAAAAUAGAUUGAUUGAAUUAAGAUUUUUGCAAAUAUCGAGGAAAAUGCGCAUUUUAGGAUGUGAUUUCACGGGACUAAUUACUGGGUAAAAAUGGUGCUUACACUCGCAAUUUUUCGACAGCUGAUUGCUCUCAAAGGCCUUUGAAAAGUCUUUGAAAAUAGGCAGAAAAAAUCUUUGAAAGUCUUUGAAUUUUUUUGGUCUUGGAGACUACGAACCCUGUUUAAUAAAUGUGUAAAAUUCGCACUCGAAAUUUCCAUCUACAAAACCCUUCUACAUCUGUAGCUUUAUUUACGUCUCAUAAUUUUGAUUUCCUCUUGUUUAUUUGCAGAUCGACAAUGCUGAUUUCCCUAAUAUUGGUGAUUUUUCCUGUGAUCAAUCGCUCAAAAAGGCAUCCUGUACAUUUGUCAGUAAUCAAAAAAAUUUAGGAGCAUUUGGAAUUAAGAAGUGCGAUGCAUUUGGUGAGCUCUGUAAAGGAUUUGUGGCUAACCAAGGAAUGAAGACUGUUACUUUGAAACAAACGUUUUAUGGCAAGAACAGUUUCUCUGCGGGAAUGACUAUAUUUGUGAAGAAAACCUACAUAUCUCUUGUAAAUAUCACAGGAAUGUUUGAAGCGUGUGCUGAUUCAUUGGUAUGUGUAUUUUAUUUUCACUCUGAACAGAAUGGAACUUGGAUUCAAUAGAAUCCUUCCAGUCAGAAUGCUCAAGGUUGAUCCGAUUACCGUGACUAUGUAUUUUAAAUAUGUGCACAAGAGGACUAGGAAUUAGUUUGAGUAAUGCCCACAGUAAUAUAAUUAGCGAUUUAGAUGUUUUCGCGUAUCCAUACAGACGGUCGAUAACAAGGGCGAAACGAUUUAGAUGUACACUAACGUUACAUGCGUGCGCACAUUUUUUUUUGAAACUGUUGUGAGUUUUGCAUUUUCAAAAGAAUACUUAUGUAUGCUAAUAUGCAGACCUAUGGUGUAAACGAGGCCUUAGGCCCCUGAUGCACUUCUCAUACACCUUGUGGCCGUCUGGGUGAUCUUGUGGACGUCUGUUUGUUAUCCUCCAAUUGUUGUGUUUGGUUAAAUUCAUGUACUGUCAACACUGAUCAUCAUUUAUUUUAUAUAUCACGAUUUUGGGCAUCUACAUGCAACUAUAGGCCCUCUGUGGCCCUGCGAUUCUGGUGCAGGUUCAAUUCCUGCCAGAAGGCCCAUUUUUCGCAGCUGUUAGAUCUAAGAAAUGUAUAAAAUCCACACUUUUUAUUUUAUAUAUGCAGCAUUUAUCUACCCCAUGCCAUGCCUCCAUCAGAUAGCUCGGCUAUUAUGAUACGUUUCGUGUUUAUUACAUUUUUUCAGAAAAGUGAAGAUAAUAAAGCGGCAGACUCUAAGAAAAGAAGAUGUAAUCUUGCUAAUCUUGAUCCAUUUGAUAAAAGUAUAAUGGGAGUAAUGUUUAAACCUGACAGUUUCACAUGUUCUGGUCAGAAGGACUUAACACUUUAUGAAAGUGGAACAUUAAGAAUUAAUCCUGAACUAAAAG